AUGACUCACCAAGUGAACAGAGGCCAAAGUGAAACGAAAGAAAAGUCAGCUGACAAAACCAUAUUGUCGGAACAAGAACGCCUUAUUGAACGUGGGCGCGCUCGAAUUGCAUAUCUUGAUCGGAUUUUGCGAGCCAAACAAGCGGAAGAGAAAAAGGUGAAACGUGAAGGUCGGGAGCUUCGCCGUUAUUUACAGAUGCAAUUGAUGGAACUCAUUGAAGCACCUACCCAAGGAGAAUGUACUAAGUUAAAUGGGGCUUUCUCCAGUACGGAAAUUGUGCCUAAACCUAAUGCGACCAGUGAGCUCACAUUCUGUCGACCGCGGCAGGAGGUCCUAGACAACUUUGAACGCUUUCUUGCGUUGGAUACUGUGCCUUCAAUUGCGUCUAAUGGAACAGGUAAGUUCUCCAAAUUCUUCACUGUCUCACGGCCACCGUGCUCAAGUUUAUAUGUCAUAACUGGGUGCUCACCUCAGUGGUUUAGCCUUAAGGGCCCAAACCCCUGGAGUCGAAAGGUUAUGUUGAAGCCCGGGAAGGCGCGCUGCUGA